AUGUUAGCCAUCAUUCAUGCGUUACGUACUUGGCGAUGUUUCAUCGAUGGUAGACCAUAUACCGUUUUCUCCGACCACAAUCCUUUGACGUAUUUCAGAGCCCAAAAGAAACCAACGCUUCUAUUCUUACACGAUGGAUUGGAGAAAUCGAGCUGUAUUCACCUGACAUACAAUACAAACCAGAAGGAGAAUGCAUACCUGAUCUAUUGUCAAGGCGUGAUGGACCGGCUUGCCACAGCUGAUGAAAUCCAUCCAUGGAGCUCAGAAUACUUGUAUAUUGGCUGA